AUGGUCUUGCCAGCCGAAAACAUUGCAUUAUGCACUGUCUUCACACUUUUCUUCGGCGGAUCUCCUUUGAUGUAUUCGCCCGCGCCACGAGGUGAUUGUGAAAAUUGCUGCCAAAUACGUGAACCAAAAGAUAUUAAAUUCCUCCUUUACACAAGGAAAAAUCCUACCAAAGCUAAUUUAUUGUAUGUGUCAGAUUAUAAACGACUAGAUAGAUCAAAUUUGAACAAAACAAACCCCGUUGUGCUCUACUUGCAUGGCUUUAGUGAACGCGCACCUGGCGGAGUUGGACAAAGUAGUCAAGAAAUACGUGAUGCUUUCCUCGAAGUUACCGACUACAACGUUAUUCUGGUAGACUGGUCCCCUAUAACAGCAUUGCCAUGGUACGUGAAUGCAGUAGAAAAUGGUCCUCGGGUUGGUCGUUACGUGGCUCGUUUCCUCCGUUUCAUCAUUUUAUCUGGAGUGCCGUUGAAAAAUGUGCAUGUCGUGGGUUUCAGCUUAGGUGCCGAAGUUGCAGGGUAUAUUGGGAAGACACUCAAGGAAUGGGGCAUGACGUUGCCGCGCAUCACAGGCUUGGAUCCAGCAUUUCCCUUGUACAUGUUUGGCGGUGACACAGGUCGCCUCAGUUAUAACGAUGCCAAAUUCGUUGACGUCAUCCACACAGAUGGCGGUGUGCUUGGGUAUCCUUGGGCACUCGGACAUGCCGAUUUUUUCCCAAACGGCGGUACGCCGCUACAGCCCGGCUGUGUGCAAGAAGAGACAUCCAAAAAUCGAUGGUUAGGCAUCAUAUUGGGCUGCAGUCAUCAACGUGCCUGGGUGUACUUUGUCGAGUCAGUGCGACGCCCGAAAGCAUUUAUGGCGGAAAGGUGUGAAGCGGCACUCGAGCUUGGUCAUUAUAAUUGCACGAAUAACAUGACCGCUUACAUGGGCAUGAAAGCCGACAAAAGAUUGCGUGGAAAAUUUUAUUUAACCACAAACACGGAGGCACCGUAUGGCAGGAAUAUUGUGACAUAAAUGUGAUACUUUUU